AUGUGUUAUUUUAUAAGCAAACUUACCUGUUGCUUUACUAGCUUUGUUUUAUUGAGCUACUUCGCAAACUGUGAAGAAUAUUUUGAAAACUACUAUGAUGAAGUUGAUUCUGACGAAAAUCCUGCUUCUCGUAAUGCCGUACGGUGGAACGCUCAAAAAUGGCCAAAUAAUAUUAUUCCGUACACAUUUUCUGAUGAAUACACUCCAGCUCAAAGAGAUACAGUGGAAAGAGCACUAAGAUAUUUUAACGAAAAUACCUGCGUAAGAUUCGAACAGCGAAACAAAUCAACUACAAUUAAUGGUGAAAGAGGUGUUGUCUACACGACUAGCGGAAAGCGAUGUGGGACAAAAGUGGGCUACCAAACUUUGCCAGCCACAACACAUAAUGUCUUCUUAAGCCCAUUAUGUCUCACAAUUCCCGGAGCAGUGCAGCAUGAGACAAUGCAUGUCAUGGGUAUUUUUCAUGAACAAUCACGGUUUGACCGCGACGAAUAUAUUGACAUUGAUUGGACCAAUAUCGAUAUCCAGAACUAUCAUAACUUCAUUAAAGUACCCGUCGAAUACGCAAAACCUUAUGAUGUUCCUUACGACUACGGCAGUAUAAUGCACUACUCCGAAUAUGCGUUUGCAAAAAAUCCACUAAAGAAGUCAAUAAAAGUUCGAUCGGAUAAGGUAAAUCCGUUCCCUAGACUCGGUCAAUUGAUUAAACCAUCGGAAGGCGAUAUACAAAAAAUUAACCGAAUGUAUAAAUGUUGCAAAUGAAAUUAGCAAUAACUUUAAAAAAUAAUAUUAAUAAAUAAAAUCGAAAAAUAAAAUACAUACAUAGGUAAGUAUGUAUGACACUAUAAUAUUUAGAGUAAGUUGUAUCUGAUG